AUGGAGUUCCAACCGGCAGUCUCUACCAUAAAUUUCGACAACAUUGCAGUUGCCAAAUACGACGCUCCAGUAUUCGCCGAUUACUCCAACGUUCAGUACUUCAUGGGCCCUGAUUCUGGCAGAGAGGACGAGGGGGCCGCGUAUGGCAAUGGGCAAAUGGCUGAAAAUGCGUGGCAGCAGCCCGCAAGUACUUCUUCAAAAAAGAAGAAGAAGAAGAAGAGCAAGAAGUCAGCCUCACUCGAGAACUCCACAGGGAGCCUGGGUACGGCACUGGACGACACGGAAUCUUGGGGAGAUGUCACGUCCUCAAUAGUGACUUCAACUGUUGAUGACACCACUACUCAGGCAUCCGACACCGAUGCGUGGGCCACUGCAAAGUCCAAGAAGAAGAAGGGCAAGAAGAGCGCUGCCCAGCCUGCACCGGCACAACCAGAAACAGUGGCCGAGGAGUCGGGAGAAGAUGAAUAUCCAGAUCCUGGCAAGUCGAAGAAGAGGAGCAGGAAGGGUGUAGAGCCAGCACCAGAGUCCGGCACCGAGCCCUCCCCCACACCAGUUGAGGAGGAUACGGGUGCCGAUGACGAAUCAAACCAGGCUGCCACGCUAAAAAAGAAGAAAAAGAAGGGCAAGAAAGCCGCUGCACUAGAAGCCGUACCAGAGGCAGCUGCAGAUCCGACCGCUGGGUCGAUGACAGAGCCCGCUUCAGAUCUAGCUGCUGCACCUGCAGAGACAAAUACCCAAGCCGCCGAGCCUGGUGAGGCAGCCGAGCCUACUGAGGCACCCGCAGAGCCGGCUGCCGCACCCGCAGAGGCACUCGUGGAAUCGACCGUGGAGGCACCCACUCCGGAGCCAAUCACAGAACCAAGCGCAGAGGCUACUGCAAACCCAGCCGUCGUACCUGCAGAGGCAAAUAUAGAAGCCGCUGAGGCACCCACCACCGAGCCUACGGAGGCACCCACAGAGCCAGCUGCCGCACCUGCAGAUGUUAAUAUUGAAGCGGCCGAGACACCCGCCGCCGAAGCAUCAGCCGUUGAGCCUACCGAGGCACCCGCCGAGCCAGUUGAUGCAUCUGCAGAGGCACCUGCUGCAGAGGCAGUUACAGAGCCUACCGAGGAACCCGCCGCCGAGCCAAUCGCAGAAUCCGCCGCGGAACCAGCUACAGAGCCGGUCGCAGAGCCAGCUGCCGCAUCUGCAGAUGGAGGUGAUGAAGUUGCCGGGGUACCCGCCGCAGAGCCUAGUGAGCCCAUCGCAGAGCCUGAUGCUACGCCGCAGUCAGAUAUAGAUGCUGGGCCUACUGCGGGGGCUCCUGUCGCGCCCGCAGAGGAGGCAUCUGUCAAACCGGCUUCUGGCGGAUUAGAUGCUGCCGCCGAGCUCGCCACAAAUCCUCCCGAAGAGCCGGCUUUUGCGGCUGCUGAGGACAAUACGGAUGCCGAGCCUUCUGCAUGGCCCGCUGCCGAGCCUUCUUCGGAGCUGACCACAGAACCCACUAUCGAUGUUGCAGAGCCCGUCGCCGAGACUUCUGAACAAUCCACCGCCGAACCUACCACUGAGCCAACAACGGAAGUAGCUGCAGUGUCUACCCCGGAAUUGGUUGUCGAAAACGCCUCCGAACCUUCUACGGAUGCGGCUGUCGUUCAAGAUACAGCGGGCAUAACCGAGCCAGCUUCGGAACAGGAUAUCGAAGAUCCUGCCGGGCAAGUCACUGGCAAUGUCAACAACGAGGGGGAGAAUGAAGGCGAGAAUGGCGCCUCGAAGGAGCCAAAGGCUGAGCCAGAACUCGAGCCAAUUCAUGGAACCGCUGCCGCCGAGGCCAUCCCUGACGACACUUCCCCUGAUGCUUCCGCUCCUGAGACCUCCCAUAAAGCUGAUGUGGCAGAGACUGUCCCGGAAGCCUCCACGACGGAUUCCGUUUCCGAAGCCCCGCCGGCAGAAGCUGCUGUCGAGGAGACGGCCGCUCCGGGGGAGAGACCUCCCAUCGAGGCUGUGGCUGAAGUGACUUCUACUUCGGACACUGCUCCUGAGGUCUCCCCCGAGGAGAUGACUGCCACUGAAGAGGCUCCUGUUGCGGAAGUGGAAUCCGUCAUCCAGGCUUCCGCCGAUACUCCUGCUGAGACUGUUCCUGGAGCUUCUGAGGGAGACGUCGCUUUUCAAGCUACUCCCACUCCUGAAGAGACUUCUACUAUAACUACAGAGCCCACGGAGACCGCGACAGAAUCAAUCACAGAGCCUGCCGAAGAGGCGCAACCACAUACCGAGGAGACACCAGCGUGUGCCCUGGAGCCUGACGAGGCGCCAGCCGCGGCCCCAGAACAGCAAGCAGAGUCGGAGGGCCUCACUGUGCUCCCGGCCGAGGAGUCUACCGAAGCUGCCCCGACAGGAGCUGUGGUACGGGGUACCGCAGUGGAUGUGGCCGGCGAAGAGCACAAGGCGGACAUUUCGCAACAAGAAGCCCAGCCUGACGGAAACAAGGUGGGCCCUGCAUCUACUCCCGUGGAAGAAGCAGAUGGCGAUACAAUCGUGGCAGCUCUCGAUGCCGUGCCAGCAGGCCCCACAUCUGAGACUGGAGAAGUGACCCCAGAGGCGUCGGGAGAUCAGGUUUCAGAGGCUACGAUUGCGGCCGUGGAACCGGCCUCUGCACUAGAGGGGUCGGAUCGGGACGGCGCAAUAGUCGAAAACUUCGAGGGUGUUCUAGAUGCCGAAGCCGCCGCGCAAGAAGCCACCCCAGACCUCACUGAGGAAUCUCCUCUUGGUCCCAACGAGGAUGCCAAGGGAGAACCCACGCCAGAGCUCGCAUCUGGGCCUGCAGACGAGGUCGCCGUGGAGCCUGUGGAAGGGUCGGCAGCCUCACCUACCAAUAUGGCUGAUAUCACGGCGACGAAACCCGAGGCUGAGGGGGGGUCGCAGGAUGAGGCUCCCGCUACUGAGACAGAGAACUCUGCUACUCCGGACACUGUGGCAGACGAACCCAAAACAGACAACGAAGCUCCUGCUUCUGGUGCUGUCCCAGGCGAAGCGGAGGCGGAGCCUCCAACUCAGCCGGAGCCUCUUGAGACCACUGAAGCUAUUCCGGAAGGAACGGAAGAGGCAGGUACUAGCGAGACUGAGCCAACAGUAGCGGAUGUUCCCGAGGUGGAAAAAGGCCCCUCACCAGAGGCUGCCGCCGAAGCCCCCGAGGUGCCCAAGCCAGACGCAGUUGUGCCUGCGGCUGUAGAGACAGCCGUCGACACUAUUGCGACCGACGACGCGGCUCAUCCUUCUGUCCAGAACUCCCAAGCGCCAGAACUAGGGGAGGCAAAGCAGCAAGAUGCGACUGGGCCCGAAGCCGCUGCCACUGAGCCAGCAGAAUCGAACGGAAUGCCCGACGGCGAGAUUGCGGUUGCCGAGCCUUCGGCGCCCGAACAGCCCACCGCAGAUGCUCCGCCUCCCGCCGAGGUACCAGAAGGCAAUACGCCAGAAAUCGCGACAGAGGAUAUCCCUCCGUUAGCCGAACACGCAACGGACCCUGUAGCAACGGACAGCAGCGCUCAAGAGGCUGUCGAGGCCACUGAUGAAGCACCGGUCGCCGUGGAAAGCCCUGUUUCGGAGGAGGCUGCAGCCAUUGAACAAUCCCCCACGGAGGAAGCUGCUGCCACUCACGUGGCCGCCGCCAACGACGAAGCCCCUGCCGUCAAUGGUGCCCUUGCUACCCAGGAAACCUCUGUCACUGAUGAGGCCCCUGCCGCCAACCAGGCCGCCGCCAGCGAUGAAGCCCCUACCGUCGAUGAAGCCUUUGCUGCUCAGGAAGUUGAUGUCGCGGAGGAACCCCCUGCCACGGAGGAUAUCAUCCCCAAAGAUGAUCCUGCUGUCGAAGAAACUGCUGUCGCAGAGGAGGCACCAGCCGCCACAGAGAGCUCUCCCGCUGAAGAAGUCCUGGCUCUGGAAGAUCUCAAUGCAAAGGAGGUUGCGGUCCCCGAAGAGGCCGCUGCUGCCGUGGAAGCUACGGUUGUGGAGGAUGAGCCAGCCGCCGAGGCUCCGGAAUCGGAUGAGGUGGUUUCUGAGCCCGCUACUGCAGAGACUACUCCUGAAGAGACCUCAGUCACGGUUGAUUUGAUGACGGAAGACACCUCGGCACAUUCAGAGACAUCGGACACCACCGAGGGUUCUACACCGGAAGAGGCUGCUAGCGCCGAGCCGAACGUCAAAACUGCAGAGGUCACUACAGUGGAGCCCGAAGCUGCGAGCGAGCCAGUCGAAGAUGUUAUCACCGAAACUGAAGGGGUUGAGUCUGAGGCCGACUCCCCUGCGGAGCCCCAAGAGGUGACCGAGGAGAAGGCCAUCGACGCCGAAGACCAGUCUGCACACGGGGCCGCCCCAAUCGCCAACUCAGAGGCCGAGGCUACGGGCGAGCAGACAAAUGCCCGAGACGACACUGCUCCGGUUGAGGCCCUUGAAGUCAAGGCAGAUGUCGCGGAGCCCGCUAACGAGUCUGAGGACCUUGCCAAUGAUGAGGUCCCCGCGGAUACACCUCCUACUGCACUUGCCGACUCUUCUGCCCAUGUUCAAGACGAUACUCCUGCCGAUGCCGAUACUCCCUGCGAUGCUGGAGUUGAAGCGCUUGGCGGUGCUCCCACCAAAACUUGCGGUGAUGCAGAUGCUUCGACGGAGAAAUCAGAUCUAUCCCUCGCAAUGGUGGCCGCUGCUGGUGCCGCCUGUACUGUGGUUGGUACGGCGGCUAGCGGGAAGGAAGGUGACAGCCUUGCAGACAUCCCUGCCGAUUACCCUACCGAAACUAUUGCGGAGCCAGCUCCAGUGAUCUCCAACGAGGCGCCAGCCGAGGCGCCAUUCGAGGCGCCGGUUGCGGAGCCGGGAUCGGACGAAGCAAAUGUUGCGCCAGAGCCUGCGCAAACAGAAGAGCUCGCUGCUCAAGAUACCCCCGCACCGGUCGAAGAAUCCGCCUCUGAGGCGGCCCCUGCGCCUGCAGAGGCAUCAUCCGUUGAGGAGGGUGCGGCAGAAGAGACCCCCGCUCUGAAGGAGGCUCCCCCUCCAGCCCCCGAGGUAGAAUCUGGCCCAGAAGAUGCAAUGGCUGCAGAGGUGCUCGUUCCAGCUGAAACCUCUGCAGAAGAAGCACAUGCUCCUGCAGAGUCUAGCCCAGAGGUUCCCUCACCAGAGGCUGUCUCCGAAGAAGCUGCCUCUGCAGACGUUGAGCCGGAGGCAGUUGCCGCAUCUGCACCAGAGCAGCCUCCUACUGAGAUACCCAUUAUGGCGGUUCCUACUCAAGAGGCUACUCUCGAGGAAGACCUUACGCCCGCAGAGGCCGCAGCGGAAGAAACCCCAGAUCCCGUUGCCGAGCAGAGCCCAGCCGCAGAAGUGACUUCACGGGCUAUCCCCGAAGAGGUGGUUGUUCCCGCAGAGCCAAAUUCCGAAGAGGCUAUCACAGGGGCGGUCCCAGCAGAUGUUCCCCUUGAGAAGGCCCCAGCCACAGAACCUGUGUCCGAGGAGGUAUCUCCUGCGGAUGCUGUCACUGAUGAAGCGGUUGCUCUUGCGGAAGCUAUCCCAGAAGACGCUGCCCCAGAGGACGCUGCCCCAGAGGACACUGCCCCAGAAGAUGCUCCCACUAAUGGAGCUCCUCCCGAGAUUGCCCCGACAGAGCCAGCUCCCAAUGAGGCCCCAGUUGAAGAAACAGUCUCUGACGAAGCGCAAGCUGUGGAGGCAGCUGCAGAACCUUCUCCGGGAGAGGCUCCUGCGGCUGAUGCCGCCGCCGCCGAGGCCGCUUUUGAAGAAGCGCCCGCUGCCGAAACCGCUUUGGACGAAGCUCCCGUUACUGAGGCUAGCCCGAUCGCUGAAACUGCCUCUGGGGAAGAGCUCGCCUCAGAUCCUUCUCCAGUCGCGGAAGCCGCCUCCGAGGAAGCACCCGCUGUUGAGCCUCCUCUGCAAGAAUCUUCUGCUGAUGAAGCUUUCACUUCUGAGGCUAUCCCGACUGAAGAAGCUGCCCCUGAAGAAACGUCUGCUGCAGAGCCUGCCCCAGCAGCAGAAGUCACUUUUGAAGAAGCGCCCGUCGCAGAGGCAACUGCAGAGCCUGUCCCAGAAGACGAGUCCGCUGCUGGAGCUGCCCUAGCCGUAGAGGCUGACGCUGAAGCUUCUGUAGCAGAGGCAGCAGCCGAGCCAGCUUCAGAAGAAGCCCCAGUUGCAGAGCCUGCUCUUGAAGAAACCGUUCCCGAACCAGUUUCCGAAGAGGCACCAAUUGCCGAGGCAGCUCCCGAGGAGACGUCCGUUGCAGAGACUCCCCUCGAAGAGACUCCAGCUGCAGAGCCUGCUCUAGAAGAGGCCGCUCCAGAAGCGGCCGCUGCCGAGCCAGUUCCAGCAACAGAAGUCGUUUUCGAUGCUGCUGUUGAAGCGGCCCCUACCCCCGAGGAAGCCUCUGACCCUGAGCCUGCGGCGGCGGCAGCAGCUGAUGAUCUCGCGAAUGAGGCGGUUGAGGUGAGGACGGAUGUGUUGGAGGUGGAGGAGAGCAAGGAUACUGUUGGGCCAAUUCCGGUCCUGGUCGUGAUCGCAGAGCAAGAAAAGUCGGACAAAGGUGAGUCCCCAUCUUUGUUAAUCGUACACUCCCAAGGUGGAGAUGAGGGGGAGGCUGUGACUGUGUCUGGUUGUCAAUCUGGGGAAGGGAGCUUGCUAGAGGCUGGUGGCCAGCCCAGGGGCGUCGAUGGCCCCCAUGUCUCCCCUGCUGCAGAAGAAGGGAGAAGCGACCAAGGCGUCAUGGAAAACGCCGAUAAGAUUCUGCUGCAGGAUCAAGAUUUCGCAGUGGUGAAGGGAAGCGCGGAGGAGGAGAUGGAGCAGCAACAGCAAGCCCUGCGCGAAGAAGCACCGGAUGGACUGGCGGCAACGGACAUCACAGAUUCGACUCGAGCAGACGGCACAAACGAAGAAAGCUGGCCUGAUCAGGCGACCGAGGCCGUGGGCACUUAUGGUGGCAAUGAUAUUGCACAAGGAGCAGAGACUGGCGUGGCACCAAUCGAACCACUAGUCUCAGGUGAUUCCGUGGUGGAGCCUGUCGAGGCUGCUGCCGAGUCAACCACCGAACCUCCUGAGGAGGCAGCUUCUGCGGGCGCUGCUGAGGCUGUCGAAGAGGGCGCUGCUGGACACGGUUCCGAUUCUGCGCCCGCAGUUGGGCCCGAGUUGGUGGUUAGCCCGGCCAUAGGAGCCCAACUCGAAGCCCAACUCGAAGCCCAACUCGAGGCUGCUGCCGAGGAAAUUGCGGAGCCGGCCGCGGGCGCGGAACCCACCGCACACGCAAUCACGGAACCCGCCGCCGACCCGCUCACGGACCCUGUCACGGACCCUGUCGCGGACCCUGUCGAUAAACCCUUGGCCGACAAUACCACCAGGCUGAUAGACGAGCCUGCUUCCGACUUGGCUUUAAAUUCCCCUACCGAGCCCCCUGCAGCAUCUCCCGCCAUACCCACCACUCCUCGUCGUGCCGCGCCUGGCACCGCCGUCGACGCCGACAUGGAGGACUCUGCCAUGGACGACUCCUUCGUCACCGAAUAUGCCGCCUUCACGCCAACCGCGUUCCGUCCCGUGGCCUUCUCGCCUCUCCGCCAAAAGUAUGGAUUUUCCGAAGACGUCGUCCCCAGAACUCCUGGGACCCUUGUGUCUGAGGGUGCAUCCGAGGCUGCGAUAGCUCAAGAGCCGGCUCGAGAGGCACAGGGAGAUGGAGCGCUUCUGCCCGAACCAGUCGCCACCAUCGGGGAAGAUGCGGCAGUCGAGGUUGCCCAAGAUUCCGCGCCUGUCGAACCCGAACCAGCCACGGAGCCUACUGAUGAGGUCUUCCACCAGGUUCCAGUCGAGCCAUGGACCGAAACGGCUACUGAGCCAGUGGAAAGUCAGCCCGUUGCCCAAGCUGAAGAGCCAGGUGCUGGACGCUCAGAGGCAGUCAGCGACCCACAAGUCGAACAAGGCGCUAGCGACACAUUUGCGCUGGCCGCCCAAGAUUAUGUAUUCCAAGAACCCGCCCCAGAGUAUGGGAUGUCGCCGCUUUAUGCCAGCCAGAACUAUUAUCUUGGAGAGCCGGCAUCGGGGACGAACAUCGGAAUGGCAGCCCAGUAUGCACCAGUUUAUGAGCCAGUCGAAGCAGCACCCACAGAGCAAGAUGUCAUUUAUGGCUACCCUCCUGUCAUUGAGCCGUCUGCCGAGCCUGAGGCUCCGCCGGCUCCGGUGCCCUUCCAAGGCGACUACUUCUCUUUCGCCAGUGGAAGUCAUGCGGGAUACAUCGCCGAGGGCAUGCUACGCCAAGAGUCGUUUGAGCCUGCACCUGUUGAGCACGAAACUAGUUCCGAGGCGCCUGAAGGGGCCGCGCCCGCUGAGGCCGUAGUGCAGACAGAGUGGGUGUCGUAUCCCUAUCACCAGCUUGACCAUGGGUACGAUUUUGGCCCUGGGGAAGCAGCCUUGGCCGUCGGUGCUGUUGCUGUGGUUGGGACCGCCGGUCUCACUGCAGCCCACCAACUUGCAUCGCCCGAGGAAGACCAGGCCCUCCCAUCACCGGACAGGGCAGCUCCAGUCCAUUCGUUUGGCCAAGUCUUUGACGAGGAUCCAGAGGUCGGUCGGACCGUGCAAGAUACCAGUGUCAGCAGCACUGACGUCAAGCCGUAUUACAUGGACAUGGGCACGCAGACGGACUUGUUGCGUCCUUUCAAGCCCAAGAGCCUGGCGAGCUUCCGCAGCACCGACCUGAUGCGAGCACCGACCCCGGGAAUGGUACUACCAGACCCAGAAGAUCCGUUGGUGACGCAGAAGAGCCUCCAGAGACAGAAGAAGCUAUCUGUUCGGAACGCCGAGGACAUGAUUGCGACUGCGGUGGUUAUAUACGCCACGGCUGAGGUUCUCAGCCCAAGGGGAUCACCAAAUCUAGCAAGCACCAAGUGGGAGAGGGGGUUUGACUUUGACGACGACCCGUUCUAUCUGAGUUCCGAGGGGUCGACAUCGACAGUCACAGCCGAGGGCAGCGUAGGGAGGCAAGAGGGAGCACUUCGUGAUUCCGUUGCUGACCUGUUCUUAGACGACAAAUCGCGGUCUCGAUCGUCCCGGACGCACGAUCCGGACUCGGGCCGAGGUGAGCGACACCGCCACCGCCGCUACCACCACCAUCACCGUCACUCCGAGGACCCCUCUGGUUCAAGCCAUGCCCGUGCCCGGGAUGAUGACGGCAGGGACCACCACCGCCACCGCCACCGCAGAUAUCGUGAAGAAGGUGACGUCUCGGCUCGCUCGGGUUCCGACAAUCCGCACAAGCCCAAGCACCUCACUCCCGAGGAGGAGGAUGAGUACAAGAGGCGCCGCGCCGAGCGUCAGGCGGCUCGCGAGCGCCGCGAGCGCCGCGGCUCCGACUCGCAGCGGAGCGGCAAGGGCAGUGACACGGCCGUCCUGGCGGCCACGGCGGUCGCUGGGGUGGCGGGCCUGGCAGCUACUGCCGGUGCGGGAUCCAGCCCCGCCGCUAAGGCCCGCGAGGAGCGCAACUCGCGGCGGCAAAGCACACAGCCUGCAACCAAGGAGCCGGAGACGAAGACACCCUUUAGGCGACUCUUCAGCGUCAAGCGUAGAAAGAGCGUGGUAGAGUCCGAUCCGGAUGUUCAAUACGGCACAACACAGAUCCCCGAUCUCAACCCCAGGGCACACAGGAGGGCGGCAACAGCCUCGGAGGCGCUGCCGGUCGGGGGGGAAUUUGACACAGUGUCAUCAUCGUUUGCCGCAAGGGCGGCGGCGUCCCAGGCGGCUACAGGCGGCGGCAGCAGGAGGAGGAGGGACGAGCACUCUGCACACUACCACCACCACAAGUCCACAUCGUCGUCGUCGUCUUCGACAAAGCUGGAGCCUAGCAACGGUGUCAAAUGGGACCUCGGCACGCCGAAGCGAUCAAGCACAACCUGCUCGCGACAGGGAUCAAGUAGAACAUCUGAGGACACUCGGAGGCUGCAGGCAGCUCGCGAAGGAGUAGCCGAGCAAGCUCGGCGAGCGGCGGAGGAGCGCUCCUUGACAGACCGGUCGUCGAGGAGAUCAUCUCGGGACGGCUUCUCGUUUGCGGCCAGGAACUCGGCGAGCCUAGCCUCCCCUCGCAGGAACAGCAGGGAACGGCACCCCGAUGAGGUGGCCGAGACGCUACCGAGCGACCGCGUGCCCCGCUCCGUCCCGGCCUCUCCAGCCGAGAGACUAGCCGGACCGUCGCCGAGGAGCGGCUCCGGGCGGGAUCGGGAACACCACCGCCGCGCGCGGGCCGAGAGGAGGGCGUCGGCGUCGGCAACCGCGCCGCCGCCGGACUCUCCGGGCGUGGAGCGGCGUCGUCGCGCCACGGCGGCGUCGGCGCCAGACCAGAGCAGAACAGCGGCGGUCCCCCCGGGAGUGCUCCGCGCGAGCACCGACGACAGGGCGGACGGGAAGAGAAGGCGAGACAGAGACGACGAGCGGGAGAGGCAGGAUCGGCCGUUGGAGAAGGAGAAGAACAAGGUCAGGUUCAAGGACAAGGAGGGCAAGGGGUUCAGGGCCGUCUUCAAGAAGCUGUUUGCUUGAGCGGAAGGAUGGCUUUGUCACGAAGUAAUGUGUGCUGUUAGAACCGCUGACUUCGGGCUCUUUUUUUCGUUUGUCUGGGCUAGACCUAUCCGGCGUUGUUGACUUUUCCAUCCUCAAGGGUGGUUUCUUUUUUUUUUUUCAAAGGAUGGCCAUGGGGGGGAUGAUAAUAACUUGUCACGACGCACGCGACGACAUGCGAUACGAGAGGGAGGACAUAUGUAAUAGAUACUAAACAGUCAAAUGAAUGAUGAUAAACUCUUCUCAACGG